AUGCCACUUGAUGGGCUCUCUUUGGAAUUAGACAUUGGCUUGACCAGAGGCAGAAUCAAAGACCUCACACUGUAUCUCCACAAUAGACUCAAGAAGGCCCAGCGAUACUAUAGGAUGAAACUCAUGGUUGUGGGCUUUGGUGGGAGAGGAAAGACAAGUCUUCUACAGGCGCUAAAGAGGAAAAUUCGGAACAUCCCUUCGGAGAAGCCAGCAGUCACUGUUGGUGUGAUUGUUGAAGACUGGAGAUAUGACAGACAGAGGUUUAAUAAGACUGUGACUUAUACCCUCAACACUUGGGACUUUGCUGGGCAGGAGGACUUCUAUAGCACCCACCAGUGCUUUCUGUCCAACAGGACUUUGUACCUGGUUGUGUAUGACAUCAGUAUGGGUACAGAUGAGAUAGACAAGCUGAAACCAUGGCUGUCCAAUAUUCAUGCUAGAGCUCCAGGCUGUCCAGUGAUUGUUGUCGGCACCCAUUAUGACCUCCUACCAGAAGAGAGCCGGGAGGAUGUUGUUGCAGAUUUUGAGGUGAAGCUAAAGGAACUGAUGCACAAGCCAGGUUUCCCAGUGAUCAGCUGUUUUGCUAUUGUUGCCUUGAACAAGGAAACCAGAGAACUGGAGCAGCUCCGAAACAAAGUAAAAGACAUUGUUGAUGAUUUUAAAAUCAAAAAGCAGCCAGUCAUGGGACAGAAAGUUCCAGCCAGUUAUGUGAAACUGGCUGAUUUGCUGAAUGAGGAGGCCAAGAAAAUUGAGAAGAGUUUUCCUGUGCUGACACACUCACAGCUGGUGCGUCUCAUCAAGAUGGAGAACUUGGGGCUAGACGAAGAUGACGAACUCAAGCAGGCUGUGAACUUCCUCCAUGAAAGUGGUGUCCUGCUGCACUACAACGAGUCCACCCUUCAGAUGCGAGACUUCUACUUCAUCAACCCUGGCUGGUUGUGCCGCAUGAUGGCCCAAGUGGUCACUGUGCCACAGAUCAAUCCUUUCAUUGACAGGAAUGGGGUGAUGAAGAGGUCCUCAGUACAUCUGUUGUUUACAGGCAAGGAGAUGUCUGGACACAACAGUUUCUCAUUUCCUUCAACACUGAUCCCCCAUUACCUUCAUCUGUUAGAAAAAUUUGAGAUUGCAUUGCCAAGAAAUGAAGAAGAGCUUCUCAUACCCUGCCGACUGCCACAUAGAAAACCCAACAUUGAGAUGCCAGUUCCAGAUCGCAGAGAGCUGGUGAUCCGGUGCUACGUCAUGCCGCACACACCCAUCGGAUUCUGGUCCCGCCUGCUGACCAGGCUGAUUGUCUUCUCGGAGAGCAAGUUUGCUGAGACUAUGCUCUGUCUACAAGAAAAGCCCCAAGUUCAGUUUUGGAAGGAAGGAAUAUUUGUCAAAUGGAGCCAGACGGCAUUUUUUCUGGUGGACAGCCACAAGAGUGACCAUGAAGAGAUUCACCUAACAGUCUGUAACACAGCUCAUGGCAGCAGACUGAUGGGAUAUCUUGUGGAUCAUGUGGACUCAUUGGUGGAUGAGUGGUACCCUGGUCUCACCACUAUUGAUCCUAUGCUUGGUAGGGAGCUCUUGGAAAAACAUGUACCCUGUACCAUGUGUCCUGGUCCUCAGCUGUACAGCUUCAGAUUUGAAGAUCUGCUGAAGGCAUCUGAGAACCACACGGAAAUUUUCUGCCCAGAACAUCAGGGGAUGGUUGAUCUGGGGAAACUGGCCCCAGAUGUGAUGCUGGCAGAUGUUGAGCCUCACUUUCAUCUGGACAUGGAUCAGUUUGAUUUCAGGGAAAGUCCAGAAAACCUGUGUGGAGAUGGGGGGUUUGGAUCAGUUUACAAGGCUUUGUACAGAGGAAAGGUGGUGGCAGUUAAAGUGUUCUCUGCCAUUGGAGACAUCCACCCACACAAAAUGUUGAGGCAGGAGGCCACCAUACUGCGAAGACUGAAACAUCCCAGCGUUAUUGCCCUGGUGGGUGUAUCUCUUAGGCCAGUCCGCCUGGUUGUCUUGGAGUUUGCCUCAAAUCAGUCUCUUGGUGAUGUGUUCAAAUCCAGCCAUAACCUCAGCCGGACUCUGCAGCUAAAAAUUUCUCAACAGGUUGCGGAAGGACUGGACUAUCUCCACAGUCUCUUGAUUGUCUACAGGGACCUCAAGCCUGACAAUGUCUUAGUUUUUAGCUUGGCUCCUGAUGCCCUGAUCAAUGCAAAGAUUGCAGAUUAUGGCAUCUCCCAGUUCACCACCUUGUUUGGCCUCACAGCUCAGGAAGGUACCCCAGCUUACAGAGCUCCAGAAGUCAUCAGAGGGGAGACUUACUCCUCCCAGGCAGACAUUUUCUCUCUUGGAAUACUCAUGUACAUGGUUGUGACUGGAGGUAUCCACCCUUUUGAUGGUUUGGAGUUCAACGGUGAAAUUGACAAGGCUUUUGCUGAUAACCUCCCUAUUCCUCCUUUUACAAAAAGAGGUUGUCCUCCUUGGCCAGACUACCAGGACUUGGUCACUCAAUGUCUCAACCAGGUUCCAGACUACAGGCCAAAGGCUAAGGAAGUGUUUGACCGGCUGAGCUCGGCCGAGUUGUUCAGCCUGAGAGAGGUGCUUCCUGUCUCUGUGAGAACCACAGUGGAGUGUAUGGUAGCACAGCAACUGGACAGUAGAAACAUCCGCUUGUGGGUGGCCAGUGGCGACAACGAAUACAUGCAGCUCAGCUGGCUCAACUUACUGGACUACAGAAAUGAUAGCCUUCACUUAAACCGCUCCAGACGGUCGGUGGAUUAUUAUAAUCAAGGCACAAUGUUCAGGGACGGAAGGGUUCUGUGUAUGCUGCCAGUUAACAAAGAUCACAUCUUGCUGGGUACCCAGGCAGGCAAAAUUUGGGUGUUCAAUGCAAUCAGCAAUGAGUUGGAGCAUUCCUCGCGACAGUUGCAGGACUCAGUUCUCUCCCUGUAUCUUGUUCAGAG